AUGCGCAACAAUGAUGAUGAUGACCCCGAUGAUGGCAAUUCCCGCCGGGGAACGCGCCGGCACUUAUACUCUGGUAAGCAAUCGCGCCUCUCCAUGAGUGCGAGCCUUGGCACGGAUCUGGUAUCAGGAUCGGUAGAUGCCUCACUAGUAGAAGUUGAUAUCCGAUCACGAGAUCCCGAUCGCUCAUUGGAGAGUGAUAUCGUCAUUGGACCUUUUGCAGUUCUUGAUUUUUCUGGCUCUGCACCAUCACGACAACAAUCAUCGGCAUCCCAAGAAGAAGCAUCCAGUCCACAGAAGCCCGAAGCUACUGCCCAAUCAGAUGGUAUUCUUCAGCAGGUGGAGAUACCAGGGGCGCACUCUGAUGACGUUCUUCAACAUGGGGAUAUACAAGCCGAGAUACCAGAUCCCAGUCCGGUUUCUAUCAUUGAUUCGCUCGCGAAUAUGGACGACUUCCUCCACUGGUCGGAUAUAUUGAGCUUCAGCCCUGAUCAAUCCGGCUUUGCGACACAUCCAACCCUGAGCGCCUCAUUUGACUUUUCAUUUGACCCGAACAGCGAUGCUAUCUCGAUUCCUGCGGCAUUGAACACCUUGGAAGAUCCCUUGCGGAUGUUGACACCGCAGCAGACCCCGAUGGAGCUGAGAACAUCAAAUGAAGAUGUUCUUAAAGACGGACAAUUCCUGCUAAAACAUUUCCAGGACGUUAUCAUCCCACGAAUUAUGGCAAUUCCGUUUGGACAAAAAUCACCGUGGAAGAUUCUCAAUCUACCAGCUGCAGUAGUAGCUUUUGGUGACUCAACAUAUCUUGGCACGGAGGGCGUCAGUCAUGCCCGUCUUGCAAACCUUUAUGCGCUUUUCGCUUGUGCCGCUAUUGAUCUGGCACUGCAGCCAUCUGCGGAAAUGAUUCAUUCCCCCGAGCAUUGGUACCAAAUUGCCGACCAGACUUAUCAGCAAGCCAAGGAUCAUAUCCAAAUAUCUUUGCAGCAUGAAACGGCAGGACCGAAAAAGGCUAAAUAUAAGGAUCAAUUGAUGGCUGCUAAUAUUCUCACGCAAUAUGCGAUUUUAUCUGGGCAGCAGCAGCACGCAAGAUGUUUCUUGAUUGAUGCGGAGCGACUUCUUCGUCUCCGUGGUCUAUCAAAAAAACGAAUCUCAAAGAAAGCCCGCCUUCUACACCACGUGUACACCUGGUUGCGGAUCGUUGGCGAAAGCACAUUUGUCCUUCACGAUUACGAACUCUCCUUCUCAUGUCUCGAUAUCCUUGGAUCUUCAUCACGCUCCCACCCCUCUUCAUCAACAGUCAGCAACGCAACCGCCGUUGUAUCAAGCGAGCCAAAUCCUCAUCUUGACGAUUUCCUCCGUCUCGAAAAUCAAAAUUCAGACAGCGACUUGAACAUUCACGAGCCCAAAGACCGGGUAUCCGGCUAUCAUGACAUUCAUCUUCACGACUCCCGCAGUUUCCCCGAAACCUUAUACAAACAAAUCUAUGGAAUUCCCGAAACAUGGCUAAGCUUGGUGUCACAAACAACGAGGCUAGCAAAUGUUGUAGCAACUUGGCAGACUGCUCGUAAUGCAGCCAAACACCUGCGUCUUGAGGCAUGGGAAGCUCUCCAGCGGCGUGCGAUGCGGCUUGAGAACCUGAUUUGUUCAUUCUCCCUAGGUCGCGCGAGAGGCGGAUCAGCAGAUCUCCAAGCAACCUGCAAACCACAUGCACAUAUGCUUGAGGCACUCAAUGGAGCUUUGGUAAUCUUCUUCUACCGCAGAGUUCGCGAUACCCACCCAGCUGCUCUUCAGGGCUAUGUGGACAGUGUCAUCGCGGCACUGGAGCAAUGUAGCGUGUCCCUGUCAGAAGCGGGUACAUCGGGUCCCGGAACUGCUUGGCCUGCUUUCAUUGCAGGAUGCGAAGCUCUCACCUCUGCGAGGCGAGAAGCAAUUAUUAGAUGGCUUGAUGAUGCAAGCUCUAUGUGUGGUUUCACCUCGUAUGCCAUGGCUCGAGAUAUCAUGACCAAGCUGUGGCGCAAGCAAGACGAGCAUUUGACGGCGAAUCGAAGUGAGCCGAUGCCGAUGUGGAUUGAUAUCUGUAAACAGGAGCAGAUCUGGCCUCUGUUUUGUUGA